AUGCCGGUGGUGGGUUUGUCCUCUAAGCUAAGGCAGCCCGCCGUCGGCUCGCGACCCUUCCACGGCACUCUCUCCAUCCAAAACCUGGACCGGACCGUGGUGUCCCCAGCAUGCAUGCCCGGGGCUGUGGACCUGAGGGGGCCGAGCCCUUCCGCGCUCUCCUGUCCGCUGUCCCUCGAGUCGCCCUGCGGGUACCAGGAGCAGGGGGUGCCCUUGGGGCGGAGCAAAGAGUCGGAGGAUAGCAAGAUCUACACUGAUUGGGCCAAUCACUACCUGGCUAAGUCCGGCUGCCCCCGGCUUAUUAAAGACCUGACCCAGGACAUCGCGGAUGGAGUGCUGCUGGCAGAAAUCAUCCAGAUCAUAGCGAAUGAAAAGGUGGAGGAUAUCAAUGGCUGCCCCAGGAGUCAGUCUCAAAUGAUUGAGAAUGUGGACGCUUGCCUCAGUUUUCUGGAAGCCAGAGGAGUGAACGUACAGGGCCUGUCCUCAGAAGAAAUUUGGAAUGGGAAUCUGAAGACCAUUCUUGGGCUCUUCUUCAGCCUGUCCCGGUACAAGCAGCAGCAGCAGCAGCAGCAGCAAUACUACCAGUCCCUCGUGGAGCUCCAGCAGCAGGUCACACAUCAGGCCAACGGGGCGGCGCCAGGGAGCCACCAAAAGACGCAAGAUAUGCAGUCCAGUCUCACAGCGCGAUACGCAGCCCCUGCGGGUCACAGUGGAGUAGGAGUCGCUCAGAAGAAAAACACAAGGCUACCGGGACCCUCCAGGGUGUCUGCUGCGGGCAGCGGAUCUACCAAGGUCCAAGGGGCCUCGAACCUGAACCGACGGAGUCAGAGCUUUAACAGUAUGGACAAAAGCAAACCUCUCCAGUACGCAAGCGGGAAUGAUAGAGAACUGGCAAAGGGCAUCCCUCAGCCUGGCAGCAUGAACGGCAGUGCCCCCUCUCCCCUCAGUCCCGCCGGGCAGCAGCUGGCCUCUGCCAUCCCCUCCCCCACCGCCGGAAAGUCUUGGCGCAGCAAGUCCGUGAGCAUGAAGCACAGCGCCACCCUGUCUGCGCUGUCCGCCAAGCCACCCAGCCCGGCCACCUCCCCCACGCCCCCACCCACGCCUGCCCCCACCCCAGGCCCCGCCUCUGACCGGGUCAAGGCCCCGUCGGCGGAGGCGCAGAAGGCCGGCGGCGCAGGGCAGAGGUCCAUGCUGGAGAGGUUCCGCUUCAUCAACACCCGCGGGAACGCCAGGCCGCACGCCUCCUCCGGCUCGGGGUCGGGGGCGGAGCUGAGGGAGGAGGAGGAGGAAGAGGAGGAGACGCUGUCGGAGUAUGGCGAUGAAGGGGGGCCGCCGAUGGGUACAGGCGGCAGCAAGCAGCAUGCGGGUAUCACCGCUCCCAAGAGCUCCGGCAAGGCCACCGCCAACAAAUCCCCACCCCAGACCAAAGACAAAGAGGACAAGGGCAAGAGCAAAGGCAAGGCUGGCACCCCCGGCAAGGAGGAGAAGGACCCAUCAUCUGAGUCUGCCAAGAAGACCUCCAAAAUCGGCAGCCUCAUCCCUAAGGGUGGUAAGUCCUCAGCGCUGAAGAAGGAGGGCGCCGCCCAGACCUCCAGCGGGAUCCCCAAACCCGGGACCAAGCCGUCCCUGCCCUCCUCCUCCUCGGGAGGGAAGCUUGCGGCCGGCACAGGUGGCGAGAGGGCCAAGCUGGCCAAAGGGACCCAGGCCUACUACGCGCCGCGAUCACUUGGGGGGCCCGAGGGCCGGAGGACCAGCAUGGUGUCCUCCACCAGCACAUCGGCGCUUUUGGGCACCACGGUGAUGGCGGGGGGGCUGCAGGGAGGGAACGGGGCUGUGCAGCUCCCCCAGCAGCAGCUCAGCCAUCCCAACACCGCCACCGUCGCCCCCUUCAUGUACCGGACCUGCUCGGAGAACGACUGCACCACCGUGGCCCCCGCCGACCCCUGCCUCAGCCCCACCAAGACCGACCUGGCCUACGGCAAGACCGCCAAGCAGUGCCUGGAGGAGAUCUCAGGAGAGGAUCCGGAGGCGAGGCGUAUGCGGACGGUGAGGAACAUCGCCGACCUGCGGCAGAACCUGGAGGAGACCAUGUCGAGCCUGCGAGGCACACAGAUCAGUCACAGCACCUUGGAGACAACCUUCGACAGCACGGUGACCACGGAGGUGAACGGCCGAGCUCUCCCCGGCCUGGCCGGCCGGUCUGCGCCCAUGUCCUGGCGCCUGGGCCAGUCCUCCAGCCCCCGUCUGCAGGCCGGCGAUGCCCCCUCCCUGCCUGGAAGCUACCCCCAAGCCGGGCGAUCGGGCGGGGGCGGCGGGGCAGGCCGAUACACGCACGCCGACCCCUCCCGCUUCGUGUACAACGCGCCCCUGCGGCGGGCAGCGGCGGGGGUGGGGCCAAGGGGGGCGGAGCUGGGGGAGAAGGGCGGCGCAGAGGGUGGCCCCGAGGCGGAGGUUGGCGGGUACAUGAGUGACGGGGACAUCCUGGGAAAGAACGUGAGGGCGGAUGACAUCAACAGUGGGUACCUGACGGACGGAGGCCUUGGCCUCUACUCCCGGAACGUGGGCCGCGCCCCCGACCUGGCGGCCUCACGCGAAGUCAUCCAGAGAGGGGUCAGUGAGCCACAAGGGGGCGCAGACAGUUGGGAUGACAGUAGCUCUGUCAGCAGUGGCCUCAGUGACACCCUGGACAACGUCAGCACAGAUGACCUGAACACCCCCUGCUACUCAACCUCGCACCGCAAGAGUAAAAACCAGCCCAAAACAGAUGUACACCAGCACCCACCCCCAGACCACGAUGUCAGCAGCUGGGAUGGAGUGGAUGAUAUGAGGAAGGGGGACGAGGGGCUGGACGGCAUUAUGGACCCAAGCUCAAAGUGGAAGCCUUCCUCCUCGCCAGGGCAGUACGACGAGCCCGACAGGACCGGGCAGAGGACAGGCCUACCCCAGACUGGCUCCUGGAGGAGGGGCAUGACCACAGCCACUAGGGCCAAAGGCUCUGCAGGGACCCUCAAAACCCCCGGUAAAACGGACGACGCUAAGGUUUCCGAAAAAGACAGAGUCCCGUCUAAAAGCUCCGGGAUCCAGCGCUCUCCCUCUGAUGCCGGGAAGAGCAGUGGGGAUGAGGGGAAGAAGCCGCCCUCUGGCAUCGUGCGGCCACCAGCCGCCACGGCCACGGCCACCUUCGGCUUCAAGAAGAUGGCGGGCCCAGCCGGAGCCCUGAUAACAGCCAGCAGCUCGGUCCCCAAGUCCCCCAGUGGCGGGAAGGGGACGGCGGGCGGGCGCAAGACCAGCCUGGACCUGGACGGCUCCCAACCGCAGGAUGAUGGAGCGCUCCUGGACUGCAGCGGCUCCAGGGCUCCCCCGCAGUACCGCUCCCUCCCCCGGCCAGCCAAGUCAUCCUCCAGCGGCAUGCUGGGAAGGGGGGGCGGGCAUCGAUCCAGCUCCAGCAGCGUGGACUCCAACGUCAGCGCCAAGUCGGCCGGCAGCGGCGGGGGCGCAGCUGGCGCCAAGCGGAGGGACGCGGGGAAGAUGGGGUCCGGCCGCUCCAGCCCGGUCACCGUCAACCAGACGGACAAGGAGAAGGUGGCUGGGUCCGAUCUGGAGGGGGCGUGCCACUCCACCUCGCCAAAGGCCAGCCCCACUUCUUCCGGCCAAUCCGGGCUCAGGCAACCCGGGUCCAAGUAUCCUGACAUUGCUUCCCCCACCUUCCGCAGGUUGUUCGGCACGAAAGCCAACAGCAAGGCCAGCUCCCCUGGCACGCCCGAUUCGGGCAAGUGCCCCUCCGCACUGAGCAGCCCCCAUGGCACGCUGGCACGGCAGCCCAGCCUGGACUCGCCCUCCUCGGGGACGGGCAGCCUGGGCAGCGCCGGCGGGCAGAGCGGGGGCACCAGCCCCCUCUACGGCAGGGCCUCGGAGCUAGGUGUGGGCGACGCCCCGGGCGCCUGCCAGUCUCCCGGCUCCAGCCCCGCCUCGGGCCUCUCCGUCACCUCCGGGGGCAGGCCCUGGCCGGCCAGCCUGAGCGGGUCCUCAGCGGGCAGCAAGGACACGCUGAGCUGCCAGAGCAUGACCAGCCUACACACCAGCUCCGAGUCCAUCGACCUGGCCGUCGGCCACCAUGGCUCCCUCACCGGCCUGGCCUCUGGGCCCAAGGUGACGAGGACGGGCAGCGUCAAGUCCACACUGUCGGAGGGCAUGCCUUUGGACAGGAACACUCUCCCCAAGAAAGGACUAAGGUACCCCCCCUCAUCCCGACAGACAUCCCAGGAGGAGGGGAAGGAGUGGCUGCGCUCUCACUCCACAGGUGGGCUGCAGGACACAGGGAGCCAGUCCCCCCUGUCCCCCUCCGGGACGUCCAGCACCAGCCCUUGCAAAUACCACUACUCCAACCUGGUGAGUCCCACUGGCAUGUCCCAGUUCGGCCGCGCUGGGCCCAGCAUGAGUCGGUCCAACAGUAUCCCAGCCCAGGACUCGUCCCUGGACUUGUACGGGGAGGCUCACGCACUGGGGGGCAGUGCCACCUCGCUGGAGGACCGCCCACGGGCCAUGAGUCGUUCCGGGUCCUUACGGGACAGUAUGGAGGAAGUGCAUGGAUCUUCACUGUCAUUAGUCUCCAGCACUUCCUCUCUGUAUUCUGCGGCAGAAGAGAAGGCACAUUCAGAGCAAAUCAGGAAACUGCGGCGAGAGCUGGACGCCUCCCAGGAAAAGGUGGCGACCUUGACAUCUCAGCUGGCUGCCAAUGCCCACCUUGUGGCUGCCUUCGAGAAAAGCCUGGGAAACAUGACCUGUCGUCUGCAAAGUCUGACAAUGACUGCUGAGCAAAAGGAGUCGGAGUUGGCUGAGCUCAGGGAGACCAUUGAAGCACUGAAAGCACAGAACUCUGAUGCUCAGACGGCAAUCCAAGUGGCACUCAACGGCCCUGAGCAUGUGCACAGAGACCUGUUUAUUGGAAAGCAGCAGUUCUCUGAUAGCAUGUCCAGCCUCAACAUCGCCACCAGCCAUGCUGGCAGCAGCCAGGAUGCAGAGGCUAAGAAGAAAAAGAAGAAGAGCUGGGUGAGGGGAAAUGAAUUGCGGAGCUCCUUCAAGCAGGCCUUCGGCAAGAAGAAGCCCAACAAGCCGCCGUCGCCCCAUUCGGACAUCGAGGAGCAGACAGACUCUUCCCAGCCCUCCUCACCGAAACUGCAGCACAAUGCAAUGCAGGGGAGUCUGUCCUCCCUCAGACCCUCAACCUCCAGCUCAGAUAUGUCCUCUUCCAUUUGGACCCCUAAGAGAAGGCCAAACGGUUGCGUGGUCUACAAGCACAGAUCUCGGCUGUGUGAGUGUACGGAGUCCGAGACGGAGAUCAUCCUGCAGCUCAAGAGCGAGCUGAGAGAGAAGGAGCUGAAGCUGACGGACAUCCGCCUGGAGGCCCUGAGCUCCGCCCACCACCUGGACCAGAUCCGCGAGGCCAUGAACCGCAUGCAGAAUGAGAUUGAGCUGCUGAAGGCAGAGAACGAUAGGCUGAAGUCCACUGGAGGCACCACCCCCGCCGCCACCCCCGCCAAGAUGACCCGCCCGCCCUCGGAAACCUCCAGCACCUCCUCCACCUCCUCCCGCCACUCUCUGGGCCUGUCACUCAACAACCUCAACAUCACUGACACCAUCAUGUCAGAUAUCCUCCUAGACGAUGGCAGCGAGGGUAACCUGCGGAAAGAAGGCCGGAGCGUCAGAAUAGUGGUCGCAGUCAACAACAGCUCCAAUGUGACCAAGGGUAUGAGAUGUCAGGAGUAUCUCAUUGGAUCCAUCGGCAUCAGCGGGAAGACGAAGUGGGACAUGCUGGAUGGGGUGAUACGCCGAUUGUUCAAGGAGUACGUGUUCCGAGUGGACCCUCUGACCAGCCUGGGCCUGACCUCAGACAGCAUCGCCAGCUACAGGAUCAGCGACAUCGUGCGGGCCCACGGCUCCGAGGUGCCGCAGCUGCUGCCCUGUGGGUACCUGGUGGGAGACAACAACGUCAUCACUGUCAACCUCAAAGGUGCUGUGGAGAACAGCAUAGACAGCCUGGUGUUCGACAUACUGACCCCUAAACCCAUCGUCCAGCGGUACCUGAACCUCCUGACGGAGCACCGCAGGAUCAUCCUGUCCGGGCCCAGCGGGACGGGGAAGUCCUUCUUGGCCAGCAAACUGGCUGAGUACAUCGUCACCAAGUCUGGCAGGGAGGUUGCCGAUGGCGACGUGGCUAGCUUCAGUGUGGACCACAAGUCCAGCAAGGACUUACGGCAAUACCUGUCCUGCUUGGUUGAGCAGUGUAGCUCAGACUCAGAAGAGAGUGAGACAGAGCUCCCUCUAGUGGUCAUCCUGGACAAUCUCCACCACAUCGGAUCUCUCGGCGAUGUCUUCAAUGGGUUCCUGAACUGUAAAUACAAUAAAUGCCCGUAUGUCAUCGGAACCAUGAACCAAGGGGUGUCAUCCUCACCCAACCUGGAGCUCCACCACAAUUUCAGGUGGGUGCUGUGCGCCAACCACACGGAGCCGGUGAAGGGCUUCCUGAGCCGCUACCUGCGCAGAAAACUGAUCGAGACGGAGAUCGGCAAGAGCGUGCGCAACAACGAGCUGGUCAAGAUCGUGGACUGGAUCCCCAAGGCCUGGCAGCACCUCAACAGCUUUCUGGAGGCUCACAGCUCGUCCGAUGUCACCCUUGGUCCCCGACUCUUCCUGUCCUGCCCCAUGGAUGUUGACAGCUCCCGUGUGUGGUUCACUGAUCUGUGGAACUACUCCUUGGUCCCGUACUUGCUGGAGGCAGUGAGGGAGGGGCUCCAGCUGUAUGGUAAGAGGGCUAUGUGGGAGGACCCAACCAAGUGGGUAAUUGACACCUACCCCUGGAGCCCCGCCUCCUCCCAGUCUGACGGACAGUCCCUGCUCCAGCUGCGGCCCGAGGACGUGGGCUACGAUGGCAGCAGCGCUGCCAAAGAGGGGGCGGCCUCCAAACAGGUUUCCCAGAGCAACACCGAGGGGGACCCACUGAUGAACAUGCUGAUGAGGCUGCAGGAGGCCGCCAACUAUUCCAGCGCACAGAGCUGUGACAGUGACAGCGCCAGUCACCACGACGACCUGCUGGACUCCUCGCUGGAGUCCACGCUCUAG